AUGUCCGCCAACCCUGCCCGGCGCACUGCGCCUCCACUCUAUACCUCUCACUCGCUGGAAGGUAUGGAACAGGUGGUCCCACCAAAGAUGAUGUAUUUCACACCGCACCGCUCUGAAAUCCUCAUCAACAAACCCCUCCCCGGCCGACCGGUGCCUAUCAUGAUGCUAGACUCUCCGACCGAGUACUCCACCAUGUACAGCGACUCGGACAGCGACACAGAAAGCACCCUCGACGACAGCCUACAAAGCCCAAGUGUCUCCUCAAGCUAUUCACGCGAGCGCGAUUUUCCCAUCUUCGUCCGAUCCAAUUCGGAUGACUUCACCAACUACGAUCCCCCCGCAGAUCACGGAAAUAUGGAACCAUCAGUCCCAUCCCCACUUGAUCCCCAUCUCCCCGAGCGCACGGACGCCAGUCCUAUCGACAUCGACGCUUCCUCUAUCAUCCUAGGCACAUCUGCACACUACGGACGUCCGGUAGAUUGGACUCGCAGAAUAGAUUCCAACCACUAUUUCCGGGAAAAAACCUGGGAUUUUUUCCCUGAGCUUGCGACCCCUUCUACACGUCAGACUAGCGGCCGUGUGAGCCCCGCUUCUAGUCGGAACGGCAAAGAAGGCCGCUUGAACGUUUCUGCCAAGACACCGAAAUGGUACUCUAUGCACUCGUCCAGCUGGAAGCCUGCUGUUCGGGACUCAAUCAAGUCAUAUGUCAACAAGACUUUGGCUCGUGAUAAUGAGGUUGAAGAGCCAGUCAACACUAGGCGAACACCGCCUUCGCGCCGUUUCACUGCACCCAUGGGCCCGCUCAGCGCACACCCGCCAUCCAUCAUGGUAGACGACGAAGAGUUCGAUGACGAGUUGGAAAUGGAUGAAUUCCACGCUCAACUAGUCGCUACAUCUACAGCUAGUUCCAGUCGAGCUAAUGUUUUUGAACAACCGCGCUCAUCACCUCUUGCUCCGAAAGAGAAGAAGCGUGGCAUGCUUAAGAGACUACACAGAGCUACGACCUCACCGGAAUACUUUGCUCAUGCCAACCUGCCGCCGCCUACACCGACACUACCCAAGAACAACCAACAAUCCAAGCGCCAGACUUUGGCUGUUUUGCAGACCUCUUUUGAUGACGCGAAGAAGAGGAUGACUGAGACACCAGAUGACCGUCGUCGCGAGCUAUUGAAGUCUAAGAUUAAAUUCGUCGGUGCUGUCAAUCCGCACUUGUGUGCACCGCAGCCUGAUCCUUGGUCUCCUUGA